CAAUAUUAAAACAAAAUGUGCUGUCUCAUAGAUUGUUUGUUGUGCCCAAGUGUACUGUGGGCGGCCCUAAUCGGCGGGGCUAUCUAUUUCCUAAAGGAUUACAUGCAAGGUGGGCAAUUCAGGAAGGACACCGAUGAGACGGGCAAGGUAUUCAUUGUGACUGGAGCCAACACCGGCAUCGGCAAGGAGACGGUGCGGGAGAUAGCCAAGCGGGGGGGAACGGUUUACAUGGCAUGUCGGGAUAUGAACAGAUGCGAACAGGCGCGUCUGGAAAUCGUUAAGGAGACCAACAAUAGGAACAUUUUCUCUAGAGUGUUAGAUUUGAGUUCGCUGGACUCCGUUCGGAAAUUCGUUGCUGGAUUCAAGAAGGAGCAGGAUAAGCUCCAUGUCCUCAUCAACAAUGCCGGAGUUAUGCGCUGUCCCAAAGCAUUGACGAAGGAUGGCUUUGAAAUGCAAUUGGGCGUGAAUCACAUGGGCCACUUUCUGCUCACAAAUUUGCUGCUGGACGUCCUGAAGAAAUCGGCCCCUAGUCGCAUUGUCGUCGUUUCUAGCUUGGCACACACGCGUGGGGCCAUCAACGUAGACGACUUGAAUAGCGAAAAGUCGUACAGUGAGGCCGAUGCCUAUAGCCAGAGCAAAUUGGCCAACGUCCUUUUUACCCGCGAGCUGGCCAGCCGUUUGAAGGGAACUGGAGUCACUGUUAAUUCCCUGCAUCCUGGUGUUGUGGAUACCGAGCUGGCGAGGAACUGGGCCUUCUUUCAGACCAAUUUUGUGAAGUACUUCCUGAAGCAUCUAAUAUGGCCGCUCCUGAAGACUCCCAAGAGUGGAGCACAGACUUCCAUUUAUGCAGCAUUGGACCGUGACUUGGAUGGCGUUUCUGGCCUGUACUUUAGUGACUGUAAGCCAAAGGAUGUGGCCCCUGCUGGCAAAGACGACAAAACUGCGAAAUUCCUGUGGAAAGAGAGCGAGAAAUGGACGGGUCUGGUGUCGUCUAAUUAGGAUUAGAACAAGCGGUUUAUUCAGACACGCGCAGUAUUUUCAAACUUUCCAACUGUAAUACUAGUUGCUCUCCUAACGAUUAUAUUAGUUCAAUAAAUACAGAUUUGCUCAGCA